AUGGGAUCCAAGAUUCGGCGGGCCGGCGUGGUGCGGUGCCCGGUGGGGAUCGUCGCGCUCAUGUGCGUCGCCGCGUUCUUCAUGGGAAGCUUCUAUGGCAGCGGCAUCUUCGGGCGCGUGCCUGACCUCAGAGCCCCCGCAAGAGCCGUCCCCGCUUCCUUCACCAACCCCGCUCACCGCGGAAUUCGCCUGGAGCGCGGAGGGGACCACCGCGGGAGCCUGGACAGCGGAGCCGAGGGGGAAGGGGAGGCGGGGGGGAAGGGGAAGGGGGGAGCCGAAGGGGAGGGGGUGGGGGCGGACGGGGAGGGCAGCCAUGGGUGGCCGGCGUUUGAUCACGGCACGUCGGGCGAGAGCAGCGUGUCCACGGUGCCGUUCCAGAUGAUAUCAUGGCAUCCACGUGCGUAUGUCUUCCCCCGCUUCGCCCCACGCCACGUGUGUGAGAACGUUCUUGCUGCCGCCUCCAAGCGCAUGGCCCCAUCUGGACUGGCUCUCAGGCCAGGCGAGAAUGAGGAAGGCACCCGGGAUAUCCGCACGAGCUCAGGGACUUUUCUUGCAGCCAACAUGGACCCGUCGGGCUCACUUGCUUGGGUGGAGCGCAAGAUGGCAGCAGUGACAGGCCUUCCUGUAAACCACGGGGAGUCGUUCAAUGUUCUGCGGUACGAGUUGGGGCAGCAUUACGACUCGCACAUGGACGUAUUCGAUCCGAAGGAGUAUGGCCCUCAAUCCAGCAAUCGAAUGGCCUCGUUCCUACUUUAUCUUACGGACGUGGAAGAGGGUGGUGAAACCAUGUUUCCAUAUGAGGGUGGGCGCAACAUGCAUAUUGGUUACAACUACAAGGACUGCAUUGGCCUUAAAGUGAAGCCACGGAUGGGAGAUGCUUUGCUGUUUUGGUCCAUCUACCCUAAUGGCACCAUUGAUCCAACUUCACUACACGGAAGCUGUCCUGUGGUGAAAGGUUCCAAGUGGGUGGCAACGAAGUGGAUUCGUGACAAGCCUUUUUCUUCAUGA